AUUUAAAGGACCAGUAGACAAUUUCGACUGAUAUUAAAUCCAGAAAAACGACGCCGGAUUGGGGCGAAAGCAGACUUAAAACCCUACACCACCUCCGCCGCAGAGCCGUCGCCUCCGCCGCUAGAAUACAUGGAGAACGAGGAGGAGAAGAGAAAGGAGAAAUACGAGAGCUACGUGAUUGUGCACAACAUAGCGAAGAGGCACAACGUGGGGACGCUCGCCCGCAGCGCCACCGCAUUCGGCGUGACGGAGUUCAUACUGGUGGGGAAGCGUGACUUCAACGCAUUCGGCAGCCAUGGAUCCACCUCACACCUCCGUUUCCGCCAUUUUCACACCCUCUCUCUCGCCCAUUCUUUUCUCAAGGAAAGGGACUGUGAUAUAUGUGGAGUGGAGAUUACAGAUAAUGCCAUUGCAGUGAACGAGCAUCCUUUCACGAAAAGCACUGCGUUUCUUCUUGGCAAUGAGGGAACAGGGCUUUCUGAUAAGGAGUGUGAGAUAUGUGAUUUUUUUAUUUAUAUUCCGCAUUACGGAGGUGGAACUGCCUCUUUGAAUGUUACUGUAGCAGCUUCGAUUGUUCUACAUCAUUACGGAGUAUGGGCAGGAUUCGCCGAGAGAUCCCGUGAAGGAAACAAGUUUCUUGUGGCAGAAAAACCGGCCAAUCAGAUGAAGAGAAAUUUCUGCACCGAAACGGCAGAAGCAAUUGCGGAGGAGCGAAAAGUGAAAAAGGAAAACGCAGCAAAUGGUUUUUUUAACGAGGAAGCUGCUUCAUCCAACCUCUUGGAUGCAUUGUUCGAUUCGUAAUAUUUAAGAUUAUAUGACAAAACAACAAUUGAAGAUUUUUUGAUCUGCACAUUGUACAUUGUAUUUCAGGUUUAAAUUCAGAAUUCUAGUGUGACACGUAUGUGGAAACCCGUAAUUAUCAGGGAUACUAAUCAAUUCGUUGAAGGUGACCCGAUAAAAUAGUUUGCGGGUAUUAUCCAUUAAAUACGGGUCCGGUAAGCCGGGUCGGGUCGGGUGCCCAUUUGCCAUCCAAUUUGUUUGAAUUACCAAAUGACCAUCUCAUGUAUCCAUAAUUACAAAAAGAACCCAUAAGAUUUGUAU